AUGAGACGGGAAUCUCCGUCUUAUCAAUAUGGGCUGCGCAUUGGACAAGGGCAGAAUGUGCAGCAAAUCCAGCAUCGACCAGCUGCUUGCCCUCUAUCCCGGCACUCUGAGCUUGACGACGUGCUUCCCCCCCAGCAGAGUCCCGCCGCGCCAAUACCUGUAUGCUGGCCGGCCCUCUUCCUGUGGCCACUGCUCAAAAAGGCCCUUGACACCAGGAUACAGUUUGCCUGGGGAGUUGCGAAUAAAGAAUGGAACUGA